AUGCACCUUACCUCCACGACCACGACCACAAUCACCACCACAAGCAUUGCGAUAGCCGACUCUUGCCAAAAACAUCGUUUUGUUUUCGGGUUCUCAGCCCCAUCGUCCCUCGGGAAAAAUGAGCCACCAACGGUAUCCCUCGCACGACCCGAUAAAGAGCCACACUCCAUAUCUCUCAAAGUCCUAAGGCUCUCCCGACCCUCCCUCGUCGUCCAAUACCCCCUCGACCUCCUCCCCGCCUCCCCGGCACCCGACAACGACGGCGGCCGCGGUGGCACCGCCAAGGGCGUGGAUCUCGAGUCCGGCGAGACGCUGCAAAAGAUUGUCUCGUUCGACCUCAAGGAAGAAGGGAACCACGUCCUCGCCGUGACGGUGAGCUACUACGAAGCCACGGAGCUCAGCGGGCGCACGAGGACAUUUCGCAAGCUGUACCAGUUCAUAUGCAAGUCCUCCAUGAUUGUCCGCACCAAGGCCGGGCCUCUCCGGCGGCGAGCGGUCGACGAGGGCGGCGGUGGGCGGCGGUGGGUCCUGGAGGCGCAGCUGGAGAACUGCAGCGAGGACGUGCUCCAGCUGGAAAACGUCCUGCUGGAUCUACGGGACGAGCUCGAGUACAGCGACUGCAACUGGGGCAUCGACGGCACGCCGCGGCCGAUUCUGCACCCGACUGAGGUGGAGCAGAUCUGCUUCAUCGUGAAAGAGAAGACGGGCGCCAAGGUAUCGGAAGAUGGCGAGGGGAGAACGGCCUUUGGCACUCUGAGCAUCGGGUGGAGGGGGAGAUGGGUAAUCGGGGGUUUCUUACGACGGGGCAGCUUGGGUCCCGCAAUCUGA